AUGUCAUCCAUGAAUCAGCGUUUUGGGAAUGGAUAUGUUGCAGCAACUGCUACCAAAAAGGCUGCCGAGCAGUUUCUUCUUUCCAUGUUUGGAGACGAGCCGGAGAUAAGCUUGGGAGUGGUUCAAAAAGUCCUUGGUCGGUGUGGAUACGAGGUCGAGAAGGCCUUGGAUGCCUUGCUCGAGGUGUCUUCUUCAUCAAGAAAGAGUCAGUGUUCUUCAUCAGAACAAACCCGCAAGAACUAUGCCGAGGUUCUUGCUGGUCCUCCUCCUCAAGCUCAUAGCUGUAUGGGUGCAAGUCUUUCUCACACGGUGAUGGAGUCUUUGUUUAACAGCCCCAAGAGAAGUGAUGAAGAACCAAGAACCAUGGAUUCUUGCAAGAAGCGUGUCGUCCAUGAUCAUUCUUUAGGACCUGAGCUUGAUGUUGCAAAGGGAUCGGAAUAUGAUGCGUAUAGAAGAGAAGCGAAGCAGCACUGGGAUUCAGUGAAGUCUUGCCAUGAGAAAGCUGCGACCGCAUAUUCGAACGGAUCGAAGGCAUAUGCAAGUUACUUGUCCGAGCACGCCAAGGCAAAGGUGAAAAUGGCACGAGAAGCGGAUGAGAAGGCAAGCCAGGAGAUCUUUAAAGCUAAGAACAGGGACAAGGGCAUAAAAGGUGAUGUGUUGACAAUCGAUUUGCAUGGGCAGCAUGUUAACGAAGCCAUGAAGCUGUUGAAGGUGCACAUACAGUACGGUACCGACAGCCAGUCGCUUCGGUUCCUCAGGGUUAUAACAGGACAUGGUGCAGGGAAGUCUAUUGUUAAACAAUCUGUUAUCAAGUUUUUCCAGAGAGAAGGUAUUAAAUACAGUGAAGAGAAUCCAGGAGCGGUAAUGAUCAAGCUAGCUUCACAAAGAGACUGCUUCAGAUAUAUGGACAGGGAUGUACGGAGUACUAUAUGUUCAGUCAGUUGA